AUGCGAUCAGAAAUGACAAAUGAAGACAGUUUUAAUGAAAAUUGGAUAUUAGAAAAUAAAGGACAUUCUAGUAAUAAAAAUGUAUCGGCACUACGUAAGACAUCGAGAAGGAUUGAAAGACUAAAUAAUAAUAAUAAUAAUAAUAAUAAUAAUAAUAAUAAUAAUAAUAAUUUAACAAGUACCAAGUCAUCAUCUCGUGGGUGUACACCUAGGGAGAGAACUCUCAGGAGAUUGGAAAGCAAUGAGAGAGAACGAAUGAGGAUGCACAGUCUUAACAACGCGUUUCAGAGUUUGAGAGAGGUGAUACCUCAUGUCAGUAAAGAACGUCGUUUAUCUAAAAUAGAAACAUUGACACUUGCUAAAAAUUAUAUUGUUGCACUCACAGACGUUAUUUGUGCAAUGAGAAAUGAUGAACAAUCAACAAAUAUUCAGACCACUCCAAUAAUCGAUGGAGAAACAUCAGAUCAUAUUAAUGAUUGUCUUAAUAUGAAUACUCCUAUAUCAUCAAGAUCUUCUAGUCCAGAAAUGCAAACAUUUUCCAACCCUUCUCAAAUUAAUUCACUGUGGAAAGAUAAUUAAAAUUUAUUGAUUAAUUACAUAUAUAUAUAUAUAUAAUUAUUUCAAUUUAAAUAUUCAUUAAAAAGGAUCAAAGAAAGUAAAAAAAAAAAAAAUAGGAAUAUUUUAUGAUAAAAUUUACAUUAAUUAAUUUAUAAUAUUUAUUUUUUUAAACUCAGGAAAAGUUUAUCAACGAAAAUUAUAAAUCUUUUAAGGGUACAAAAAAAAACAUUUUUUGUAAACUUUUAACAGAGAUUAAUCUCCUGACCAUUAAUUUUAAUCGAUAAAUUAGUCAUGUUUUCUCUUGAAGAACUUAUGACUAGUCUUUUAUUAGAUAUAGAAAAAUAUCUUUUAUCAAUUUGUGCCAGAUUGCCAGUAUUAUCAAAUAAAAAUAAAAAAAAAAAGUAUAAAUAAACCACCAAAUAUUAAUUAUAAGGAAAUAAAAAAAAAAAAUAUUUUUAAAUAAUUAUGUGUACCGUACUAAAAUGUAAUAGUGUGCAUUUAACAGUGAUAGUAAAUCAGCUUAUGUAAUAAACUAAUAUUGAUUGUUGAUUGAGACAACAUUGUGGAAAGUAUUUUAUGAAAUAAAUAAUUA